AUGGAUUCUUCAAAUUUCCUGAUACUUCAAAUAAUUCUCGCUUCUGCCAUGUUACUUGUAACAUGUAUUGCUGGAUGUGCUCCAUUAUUAGUAAGUCCUCUCGGGAAAAAUACGGCACCUUUUUAGCGCCGAGGCGACAUUUUCAUGAAAAAUCCAUUAUUUUACCAUACAAAUGACUUUUGUUCUCUUUUCAUCGAAAUUUUCCGCACUAGAAAUGUAGCAAGCGUGUCCGAGUGGAUAAGAGGAUGGGUUGUCGUUGUUUUGACCCAAGUUCGAUGCCCCUUUCCCGCACCUUUUUUUUAUUUUUUUCGUCUCACUGGCACACCAUUUUAGCGCCGAGGCGAGAGAACUUCCCGCCUCGGCGCCCCAGGAUGUCGCCUCGGUGGCGUAUUUUUCCCGAGAGCUUUUAAUUCAAUUUUUAAUUUAUCGCAAAUCAUGAUUUCUAGCUUCUGACAGUGAUGAAAAGAAAAGGAAAAGAUCAGACCAAAAAUGGCUGGCUCUCAUAUUUAUCGUGUUUUUCUGGUGGUGUUUUUAUGGCCACCUGUUUCCUCGAUAUCAUGCCACACAUCGCUGAAAAUUAUGAGAAAUUUGUGAACACUUAUAAAAUUGAUCCACCCGUUCCAUUGAGUCAACUCUUCAUUUGUCUGGGAUUUUUCCUAGUUUACCUAAUUGAAGAAGUUACUGCUAGAGUUUUUGGAGGCGGCGAUGGACACGGACAUUCUCAUGGAGCACCGCCGAAAAAAGAGAGCAAAGAGAAUAUUACCAGGUUGGUUGGUUGUGAUAUUAAUUUCUGUAGAUGUUUUACUAAUAAUGCAUGUUUCUAACAACUUCUAACAGACAAUCCCUUCUUCCUACUUCUAACAAUUUGCAUGAUAAUAAUCAUCCACAACUUCUACGACACACCAGGUGCUUUUUUUGGGUUUUUGAAAAUAUACGAACUGAUUUGUGGAGCAAAUGGAAAAAAAAUGGAAAUUUGAUUUUUUUUUCAGAAAAUUGAAAAAAGUUUUUAAAAAAUUUCGAUCAGAAAAAACUCCAGAAAAAUAAUAUUUUUUAAUUUUUGAGGAUCAGACUCUAUAAACUCCAAAUUCCAAAUUUCAAAUUAGAACUUCGGAAGUCUAAAUCGUUCACAAUCAGUUUGUAUCUCAUCAUUUCUUAUCCUAAAAUCCCUUAACUAAUUAUUUUCAGCUUGGUUGUUGAAGAAGCUUCGCCAUGGGUAGUCUCUGAUGAAAAAUCGAAUAUGUUGAAAAGUUUGACAUUUGCUGUAGCCAUGUCUUUUCAUUCACUUCUUGAAGGUUUCGCGCUUGGAGUUCAGGUAACUUUUUUAUUCAAAAUUGAAUAUUCAAAUUAUUUCAUUAAAAUUAAACACAGGACACCACAACAGGAAUUUAUGCGCUAUUCUUCUCACUUUUAUUACACAAAUCAAUCGAAUCGUUCUCAGUCGGACUUCAAAUCUCAAAAACAAACAGUUCGAAAUAUGUUGUAGUUGUUAUCACUAUAUUGAUAUAUGCAUUGAUGACACCAUUGGGAUCAGUUCUUGGAACAGUUUUGCAAAACACAAAAUCCGAAUCAUUGUGGAAAGAUGGUUUGAUUCUUCUCCUCGAAUCAAUGGCUGCUGGAACAUUUAUUUAUGUAACAUUCCUUGAAAUUCUUGCACAAGAAAAAGAAAAUCAUUUCAAUUCUUUGAAACAAUUGUUAUCGAUUGCCGCCGGAUUUAUUCUCAUUUUGAUUCUUCAAAUUGUAUUCGGACAUGAUCACGAGCAAGCACAUGUUCAUCCAGUUGGGGUGAACGCGAGUGUUUCACACGUCUGA